CGGCCAAGCCCCAUGAAACUCCAAAUAGUAUAAAAAAAAAGUCAAGAUUUGCCUUAAAGAUAUAAAUACGAGCCCAAUUUAUUUAGUAGCUGCCAUUGCAACGAUGUGCAGUAAUAAACUAGUAAUAGUAGUAUAGCAUGUGAGCCGAGCCGUGCAGCUGCAGCUGCAUGCUUCUUCCUCCUUCGCUAUAUAUGCAGCUGAGCUGCACACACGAUGAGCAGUAGUAGUAGUAGUAUAAUUUGGUAGUAGUGAGCAAGUGAAACUGCAAGUGAGCUAAGGUGCAAGAAGAGAGAGGUGGAGAUGGAUUGGUACGCGUGGCUGGCGAAGACCGGGUUGGCGCCGGCGCUGGCGUACGAGUACGGCCGCCUCUUCAACCAGAACGAGCUGGAGCGCGGCGACGCCGCGCACUUCGACCACGACCUCCUCAAGAGCAUGGGCAUCGCCGUCGCCAAGCACCGCCUCGAGAUCCUCAAGCUCGCCAAGAAGGACUCCUCCUCCGCCGCCGACGCAGGCGGUGGCGACUCCUCGUCGUCGUCGUACGCGCAGCUGAUCGCGCGCAAGGCCGGGAGGUGCAUCGCGCGGUGCGCGCGGCGGCUGGCGCGACCGCGGGGUGUCGGUGGAGGGAGGGGGUCGUCGGUGACCGUGGUGCCGAGGAUAUGCAGCGGCGACGACGCCGUCCGCGUGGGGGCAGUGCAGGCGGCGGCGACGAGGAGGAGGAGGAGCGUCAAGAAGAUGGUGCUCAUGAUCACCGACGGCGGCGCCACCGCCGCGAGGGGCGGCGUCGGCUUCGCCGCCGGCCGGUUCUCGGGGUCGCAGAAGGCGAGCCUGAUGUUCCACGACUGCUACGAGGAGGAGGACGACGACUACGACCACGAGGAGGAAGCGCGGUGCGGCGACGGAGCCGAGGGCGGCGACGAGGAUGCCGAGGAGGAACGGUGCUCCGACGGCGGCGGCGGCGGCGGCACCGACGUCGAGAUCAAGUGGGACUCCAUGUUCCAGGACCUGAAGCCGACGUGAUUGAGUUGAGGCAAUUUGAUUAAUUCGCGAGUUUGUGUGUAGCUUUUUGUGAGAGAAUUUUUACAUCUCUCUUUGUGGUGCGAGAGCUUAAUUAGGAUGGUAAUGUGUACGUGUCUAUUUGCCAUGAGUUUAGACGAUAAUAAUAUCGAGCGCAAAUGUUUUGAGUGAGAUUAAUUGAAGGUCAAAGGAAUUUAGUGUACGCGAUUGAUCGAA